AUAGAAUAUGACAAUCUUUUAUUUAGCACCAUAAAUAUCACAUAAGAUAACUUAGGACAAAGAGAUAAAUUGCCAUAUAUUUAGGUGCAAGCUAACUGGAAUUAACCUAUAUGGGCUAUACUAGGCCAGUCAGCUUAAGCAAGAUGGUGACAUGAAACUUCGAGAAAACAAAGUUUAAAAGAGGGUAAAUUUGCCCAAAGAAAAUGGAUCCGAAGGACAAAGAGUACAGAGAGCUUCUAUUUGAAAUUGCACAGGAAAUAACAAACGAUGAGCUGGCAUGUAUGAAGUUUUUGAUGCCUACAAACUCUAGUCCCGACAAUUCAAAAGAAACCUUUGAAAAGAAAGUACUGAUUGAUGCAUUAGAUUUCUUUCGCAACCUGGAAAAGCAAAAAAAGCUCGGCGUCGAUGACUUGGCAGAUUUGAUUUAUUUAUUAGAAAAGGCAAAAAGAAGUGAUCUUGUCUUGAAAGUAAACGAAUUUCAGUCAAGAAGAAAGAGUAAAGAAACCUUACAAUCUGAAGUCUUUAUAAAGUGUGCUUCGGAUAAGGGUUCUUGCACAGAAGAAGAUAAUGUACAAGGACAAGAGGCUGAAGCAGGCGCAAGUAAAGAAGAUUUAAGCAAGGCUAAGAAAAGAAACAAGAAAAAGAAAUAUAGACGAAAGAAGAGAGCUGAAAAAAAACCAGGUUCCACUUCUAAAGAUGAAAACUCUAAUGCCGGACUUCCAAUAACUGAUGCAAACGAAGAAGCAGCAGCUCAAACGGAACACCAUGAGAACCGGGAAGAGGUAAUACCCCAGUCAUUGCAAUCAAAGAAAGAUAAUUUUAGUGCAAAGCCGCAAAGUAAAGAGGAGGAGUUGACAGAGGACACUGAUACAAAUAAGAAGGAAUUGGAAACGGAAAAGACAAAGAGUAAUGCAAGAAGCAAAACUCUAGAUCUGCCAUCUCACCAGAAGGAGGAGGAGGAGAGAGUCUCUUCAAGUUUAACAAAAGGCAAAGAUAACGAAAACACUGUGGAAGAUACAAAACAAACACAAAACGAUGAGAUGGAAAGACAGACGUGGGACAUAACAAAGAACCAAGUAUUACGAAAAGCAAAAAAGGAGUGUCAAAAAGGUACGAAUUCUACAGAUUUGAAGAAGUCCGAAUCUUCAGGUAAUCAUGACCCCAACCCGCAAAGGCAAAUUUUGUCAUUGUGUACCAAGUGGCAAGGAUGGGGGGAAAGUGCACCAGUAAUAAAUCGUGAGUUCUGUUUGGGGUUGGCUCGAGCUGGCCAUAGAGUUGCCUGUUUAGUUCUUACGUCAUCGGAGCUGGACAAAGAAGAAGCAAGAAAGGGAAAUGUUGAAUUGAUUCAGUGCACUGAGAAGCCUGGAAUCAAUAAAGAUGAUCCACAACUUUUGCAUGAUCAGCAGCUCCCCUUUCGUCCAGAUUUCAUAAUUGGUUAUGGAAAAUUGACAGGCCCUACAGCUGUUUUUUAUGCCGAAAAAUCAUCAUGUCCAAGGGUUCACAUCAUUUAUGACCUUCCAAAUGAGUGUACAAAAUUUGACAAUGUGCAAGCCAGUCCACAGUGCAACGAGGAAGAAUUAGCAAGGUCCGCAGAUUUCGUAGCUGUAAUUGGUACUCUACUAAAAGAAAAAUGGAGUUCCUUGUUAAACCGCGAAGUUAUUGAGAUUGUGCCAGGACUUCCAGACCUCACCAAAAGGAAUCGCAUCUCAUCACCUCAGUGCCGAUGUUUUGUACCAGCUAAGUUUGAUUCACCUGUCACAAGUGGGUUGAGAAUAGCGGUUAUAGCCGUUAAUCAAUCUAGUAAGAGAGAGAUUUGGCCUCGAAAAUCCACUCUCGUCGUUUGUAACACAGAUUCCAGUGCUUCUGUGAAUCCAACAAAAAAGGUGUUGAAAGCGGUUGAUCGCAAUCACGUGGAUUUAAACGAACGAAUCAAUAGCAACAGUCAAGAAGCGUUCAUUGAUAUUCGAGGAGCCACGAUGUUUUUGUCACCUGCAAGAGUGGAGCCGUUUGGAGUGGCUGCUUUAGAUGCAAUUGCAAUCGGAAUUCCAGUUAUCAUCAGUGCGCAUAGCGGGCUUGCCUAUACAAUUCGCCAGUACUUUGACGAAAAGUUCCAGUCUUGUAUUAAAGACGUUUCCCUUGACUGUGAGGGGGUAAAUGGUGAUGAUGAAGAGGAAAAAGAUGCUGCAAUAUGGGCAAUACAAGUUGACAAGAUAACAUUGGACCACGAACAAGCCUUUAUUUUGGCAGACGAACUUUCCUUAGAAUGGAAAAAAAGUUUUACAUGGGAUGGAGCUGUAGAGCACUUCAUGAAUAUCCUAACAAAAUCCGGCAAACUUCCAUCCCACUCUCUACCACAAUCCAGCAGGUUAAAUGUAUCGAGAAGUGAUCAGGCCUCAUAUGUCAAGCUGGUUCAAGAAAUGAAUUUGUUUGAUAAUCGCCAAAAGUUUGUUUUGUUCCUGUCACCUGAAAGUCCUGAAGUAAUGUACAACACUUUUCAACUUGGACUGGUCCGCUGGGCUGCAGUAUUUGAUUUUCAUCGUGAGAGCGCCAUAAAUGGCUAUUUAAAAAGUUGUGAUGGUUUUCUCGUGAAUUCUGGAAAACCUGCAUGCCGGGUGCUGCCUCCUCCUAAAGAGGAUAUCGUAAAAGCUCAGAAUUCAUUUACUUUGCCAAAUGGAAUUCCCUGGAUCUUACUUCAAGGUUUGCCGGAAAUGAAGAGAGAUAUCAUUGGCAAUUUGGACUGGAUACAAGAAAUCUUCAAUCAGUUGAAAAAAAGACAUCCAAGUCAAAUCACACUUCUGAUUAUAUGGAAUAGUAACAGUGAGCAUGAAGCUCUCUGCAAGAAGCUAUAUCAGCUUCAACUCCAAGUGCAAGCAUCUCCUGCUUUGAAAAAUGAAGCUCAUCUCGUAAUUCUUUCAACAUCAGAGAAUAUCGAUAGCAGACUUAACGACAUUGCAGAAGAAUGGGGUGUAAAUAUCAAGAAAGUUGACAUCAACAAACUGUGCGAUGCCCUUUAUAGCACAGCUACUGCUAAUCCUCUGUAUCAACUUGAUCCAGACUUUUCGAUUCCAAAACGCAGCAAUGGUGGACAAGAUGACAUAAUGCCGGCGACUCUACCUUCCUCAAUAAGAUGGGUGGACUCUGUCCUGGAAGUGCUUUAUACAGCCGUUGGCAAUAUUCCUGAAUAUGGUGAAGAGGAUGCUCAUUAUUUCUAUAGAGGAGGAAAGAUCUCAUGGUAUGGCAUUGAAAUGAAGUACGCAGUUGAAAGAGAAUCAUGGGGACCUCUAAAAAAUGUAAUCAAAAAAGAAUUGGAAUAUCCAGGUGCUGCAUAUCUCAGACUUUACCACCAACGCGGAACAGGAGGAACAACUUCAGCCAGGAAGCUUCUUUAUGACUUCCACCUUCGCUAUCCGUGUGUCUGCCUCAAGACAGUAAACCAAGAGACGUCUCUGGCAAUUAAAGCAAUAUGGGAGUUUUGCUGUCUUCCUGUAAUCAUUCUUGCAGACAUUAAUGAAUUUCCUGGGGCUGAAGACAGUGACAUAACAGCAUUGUAUGGAAAUCUUUCAACUGAAAAAGUAUCUUGUCUUCUUAUGCACGUUGUGCAUCGCCAUUAUCAAGAAAGGAAACAAGAAUCAAGUGAAAAAGACAACUUAGCAAAGCCCUUGAUAGAGGAUGAAAGAGGUCAAUUUGUUAAAGUUUACAGUUUGCAAAGUCCAGCAAAAAAGGCAGAACUAAAUAGAAUGAGGCAUGAGGACGAGGAAUUGCAAAUUCCUUUUUACUAUGGUUUGGUCGCAUUCGAAGAGCAGUUCAAAGGUCUCAGACCAUUCGUCAGUGAUUGUUUACAGGGGCUUAAUGAUUGUCAACGAAAUGUUUUGUGCUUCCUCAGUAUGGCUUAUCAUUAUGCACAAAUGGAUCUUCCCUUAAGAGAAUUUGCCACCAUUUUCAACCUCAAGCCUCGACAAUUAAAUUCCAUCCACGACAUUUUAACACCUGAGUCAAUCGAACUUCUCAUUGAAGAAGAUGGACGUUGGAGACCUCGACACUACACCAUUGGAAAAGAAAUUUUACGUCAAUUGUUGACUGUUCCUUACAAUAUUCACGCAGAAAACUGGCAACGGAAUUUAGCAGAUAAAACAAUAGAAUUUGUUUCUUACAUGGAAGAGGAAACUACAAAAGCUGUUCUUUUGAAUCGCAUUGCUGACGAAAAAACGUACAAAAGGUUUUCAUCGCUAGUAGAAGAUAUUCCUGAGGGGGAUGAUGUCCUUAGAGUCUUUGAAAAGGCGAUCAGUUUUUAUCCAGGCGAUCCCUUUCUUAAGGCCCACCUUGGUCGCUACUAUAGCGUGCGAAAAGGAGUACUUGGAUUUGAAACAGCUCUUCGCUAUACUGAUGAAAGUAUACUUCUUGCCUAUGACAAGCCCAAAAAUAUCCGUGGUCAACUUACACAGAUGAAAGGGAUGCUAUACAGACGACAAGUUAGGAACCAGAUUCAUAGGAAAGCAGACUAUAAAGACAUAUUUCACCUAGCUGACGAAGGAAUGAAGGCCUUUACGAGUGCUGCCAGUCUUUGCCUAGAAACGCUUGAGAAAUUCUACAUUCCCCUGGUAAGAAUGAUGUGUGACGUUUUCUGGCACAUCAAUAAAACCUUUAAAGGUGGAAUUUUUAAUUACCUGCUGUCCUCGGAUGCUGAUAAGUUUAUCUUAGACAGUAUAUCAGAAACUGGUGAUAUCCUGGAAUCUGUAUCAGAUAGCCCCGACUAUCCUGAUUUGCGCCGAGAUUUAUUUAGACUCAGAGGGCAGAGCAAAUCUGAGAGUAAGGCAGAUCUUGUAAAGCACUUCCGAGAGCUGAAGAAAACAUCUAAAACGAGCACGGCUUCAAUAAAUCGGCAGAUUGUACUCCUACAGCUAGAACUCUUCAAAGAAAGAGGCAAGCCAAUUUCCGAAAUCACGGAAGAGUUAAGUCAGCUUUUAGAAGAGGCACUAAAGUAUGACAACAAGGUCGAUCUUACCAUGCGCCUUUGGGUAAGAGUGGCGCCACACAUUCCGGUGGAGUUGCAAGCUGCAGAGAGCAAGAUAGCAGCCUGGUGCAAUAAAGGAAAAUCGGCUCUGGCAUAUCUCUACCGCUACAUUAUUACAUGCAUUCGCAUUCUCGAUGGUGGUAGGGAUCAACGGUUUGAGGACGACAGAAAAAUUGCUCGUGAUGAGCUUAUCAAAUCUGUUCACUCAAUGAAACGUCUUACCUUGCUUCAUCCAGAUCGUCCAGUAGUGUUCCUUGGAACUGGCAAAGGCAUGGGUCAGCUUGUCACUGUAGAAGAAAGCGUGACAAAUGUCAGAAAGCAGCGUUGGAUUCCCGAAAGCUUAACGAAACGACUGCGAAGGUUCACGGGUAUUAUCAUGAAGACUGGCAAAGUUGGGCAAAUAAAAGCCGAUGGUCUUACUGUCUUAUUUCGUGCAGAUUUAUGCCAGCCUCCACUCACUGGGCAGUCUUACUUGAGUAAAAAGGUCGCCUUCUAUGUCGCCUUUACUUACUUUGAAGCAGAUGCAUAUAAUGUGAAGCUCAUGGCCGAGUAAACAUGAACUGAACUGUUUGAAUUUUGCAAACUUAUAAACUUAUAUUUUACAACCAUCACUCCCCUUAUGGGGGUUUCCGUGAUGUUUGCUCCACUCGCACUUCCACUACAUUCUAUAUUUACGACACACAACACACUCAAUUCAUAUGUUGAUUUUAUGGAGGGAGGAAAACAAGCAUGUUUACUACUGACAAAAUGCGGAAAUGGUUAUGUACUGAGACCUUUUAACGCGCUUAUUGCUAUGCUCCCAGAUGCAACUAAAGUCCCACUGUAAACUUGAAACUGUGAACACGAAAUGUACGACUAAGCCUGUGCCUUAUAGGUUGCUAUCAAUAGACGUCACUUCCGGCAAUAAGCAAUUACCGUGUCAUAUUUUGUAGGGCUAUCUUAUUUGAUAAAGCCAACUUUAUUUUGUAAAAAGUAGCUGUAUUUUCAUAAAGACUGAAAUCGAGUAUUUUUUCUGCAUGAGACAAAUGUCCUAUGUAUUUUUUGUUGUAUUUAGCCGUUAGAAAGUUUAUAAGUUAGAAAGUUUACUGAA